AUGGAGAUGCAGGAACAGACAAAGAAUAUAAUGUGCAGAAUCGAUGAAAAACUCGGCCCAGUUUUACAAGAAAUUACCAAUUUAAAAAUGGAAAAUCAAAAUUUAAAAGCCAAAAUAGAUUAUUUGGAAAGAGAAAAACGUCAGAAAAAUAUUAUAGCUUUUGGAAUAAAAGAAGACGAAACCUCAAGUAUGGACCUAUUAAAAACAACCAUCAAUUUAUUAACAUCUGGAACUGCAAUUGAUUUAACGCCAAGUGAUAUUAACAAAGUAUACCGCCUUGGUAAGAAAAAUUUGCAAAGUGAUAAGCCUCGUCCAGUUCUUAUCUCCUUUUUGAGUUUAUGGCAAAAAGAACAAGUAAUACAGAGCAAGAAAAAGAUUAAAAACGUUUACAUUGUAGAGGACUACCCAAAAGAUAUUUUGGAUAAAAGGAAAUUAUUACAACAGCAACUAAUUGAAGAAAGGGAAAAAGGAAGAUACGCAGUUAUAAAAUACGAUAAACUUAUAGUGCGUGAUAACAAAAAUAAGAAUGAAAAUCGUAAACGUAAUCGAUCAGAAUCACCAAAUAAAAACAUCCCGGACAACAAACAAAAACUUACAGAAAUAUCUAAGUCUCACAGAAAAAACGCUUUCGAUAUUAUGAGAGUAAGAAGCAACUCUCUCUCCACUAUCCCCUCCUCUGCAAAAAACUAA